AUGAACGAAACCAAUCCAACAAUGUUGACAACGUACGUCAACACCAGACCUGUCGAUGAACGUGUAGUAACUUUCGUUCAUGUCGUUAAUCAGAUGAGCAUUCGUGUUCAAGAAUCUGGUUUCGGAAUUGUGUGCCUUGAUGGUGUCCAUUCCGGAAAGAGACUCGUUGAAAUGAGAGUAAACAAAGGAUCUCUUCAAUGCUUCCAAUCUUUUGAUUUCUCUCGAACUUGCAAGAUAAAAGUUGGAGAUCAGAUAGAACAAUGCAUAGACAAUUGGAAUAGCGAUGGCAAACCACGGAAGAUAGAUGAUACAGAGAAUCAAAGUACCCACGAUGGUGGCCAAUGGCUGGAAGAAUUGUCUGAAUUGAUCCUGAAUCUCAUUAUCCAUGGCAUCUGUGUCUUUUGUGAAUCUGUUCAGAACUCUUCCCAUUGGGGUCGUGUCCAAGAACGACAUUGGAGUAUGCAACAGUCUUUUGAAAGCCAGGAUGUUGAAUCUUCUGGCAGCCAUAUUGCAGAAGUACACCAAAAACAGGAACUCAACGAUCAAGAAGAUCAAACACAGGAAUCCAAACAUGAUAUAGAUUCCUUCGUAAAAACUGCCUGGCUCGUGGAAUUUUCCACUUUCCCAGAAAGACAACCAGUUAUUCACAAACAGCAAACAGAACGUGGAAACACUGAACGCCAGAACAACAACAACGGGAUAGAAUCUUCCGUCUUCGUCAUCGUCUGCACCGAAGUCGUCGUUCUUUUCCUGUUCUGGUUCAUUCUCGUCCUCGUCAUCGUCGUCGACGUUAUGGCUGAACUCCAUCAGUCUGACAAACUCUGGAUUUCUGCUCUUCACUUCAUCCAAAGUACCGUAGUCAACGGUACCAUCACCGUUCAGAAACAUGAUCUUAUCAGCAGAGUCGAUCAACGACAAUUGAUGUGUAGCCAGCACCCUGGUCUUGUUUUUCAAAGCGUGAUACCACGCUCUCCGACCUCAGUCUUGUCAGCUGCUGAAAACUGUUCAAAGUCCCCAGUUAAAGAACAAACCUUGACGAUUGUAUCAUACUUCUCCUGGUCAUAUUCUUCGCCAAAAACAAUGUUUUCUUUAAUGGUUGCAUUUUGCACCCAAGGGUAUCCGCAAAGCAUCAGACUACCGUUCUUGGCGACAGAUCCAGAUGUCUUUGGCAUAAAUCCGGAGAAAGCAUUCAAAAGUGAAGACUUUCCGGAUCCAAUUGAGCCUUGCUGCUGGAACCAUCAAGAACUGCGUGGUAAGUUCUUGGAAAAGCGACAAGGAAGAGAAGAUGUCUCCAACAGUUCUGUUGGAGUCGAUCUUGUGCAAAACCAAAAAGGCGACCAUCGAAGAAACGAUUGGAAGCCAAAUGGCAACGGCAAUAAGCACAUUCCUGGCAACUUGCAUUCGCAGCACUGUUGUCAUCUCCUUUUGACGAAUAUCCAUGAAUUCCUUGAAGUACGAGUUUUCCCAACCAUACAUCUUGAUCAUCUUGAAGUUCUUCAACAGUUCCUUCACCAGGUUGACUCUUUCGUCGGUGAACACAUUGGCGAUCACUCUGAGUCUGAACAGCUCUCGAACGAUAAAUCCCGUCAGGAAAAUAGACAUGACAAAAACACCAAUACCGGCGAGCGCAGAGACACCAAUGUUGACCAACAACAUCACAAUGAUCACAAUCAAAGGAAUAGGGAAUCCCAACAGGAAGGGGAAGAAUCCCAGAGCCAGAUCGACUCUGGUCAAAUCGGUACCCAUGAUGGAAUUGAUUUUUCCAAUAGGGAAUUUAUGUUUUCCACGGGCAUCGAGCGUGAAACUCUUCUCAAGUAG